AUGGCUCUAUCGUUUGCUCCCAACGGGGGCAAGACAUUGGGCUAUGUUUUCCGUGCCGCCCCGGCUGUGACGCUGCCGGGAUUCCUGGUCCCAGCGUGGCAAAGACUUGCACAACGACAACGACAACAGCUUGCGCAGUUCUCGACCACGACCAAGCGACCGUCGAAGCUGGGACGAACUCCGAUCUCGAUUCCGCCUGGUGUGGAACUUACAAUGGGAGAGCUGAAAGCGACGAAGAGCAAGACUUCAUACAAAGCGACGAUGACGAGGACUAUUACCGUGCAGGGACCCUUGGGGUCGCUCCAGCUGGAUGUACCUGAAUUUGUGGGCUUAAAACAAGACCUGGAGGACCGGACGGCGCUGCUCAGCGUUGAGGAUGCCAACAUUAAGGAGCAAAAGGAGAUGUGGGGCACUACAUGGUCCUACCUCAAUAACCACGUGAUGGGCGUCUCGGAAGGCCACACAGCCAUCCUGCGCCUUGUCGGCGUUGGCUAUCGUGCGUCGGUCGAGCAGCGCGGCGCCAAGGAGACCUACCCAGGCCAGCGCUUUCUCUGUCUUAAGCUCGGCUUCACUCACCCCGUCGAGGAAGGUAUACCGCGCGGUGUCACCGUCUCUACUCCUGCGCCUACACGCAUCCUGCUGGAAGGGCCAGACCGCGAGGUGCUCAUGUCGUUUGCCGGGCGCGUACGCAAGUGGCGUCCACCGGAGCCGUACAAGGGGAAAGGAGUUUUCAUAAACGACCAGACAAUCAAGUUGAAGCAAAAGAAGAUUAAAUAG